UUAAUAUUUGAUUAAUAUUUAAAGGUCUCAUUUCAUUAAGCUGGAGCUUUAGAAGCGGGAGUCCGUGUAACAUGUUUUUAAACAGAUGCUAACUAGCUAGCGAGCUAUCAUUAGCCUAAGUAUGAUAUUAGAGGGUUAGCUAACAUAAUUAUUAUAAAGUUGACACUGAUUGCUCACUAAAAGCCGAAUAACUAUCAAUACACCUGGUUGCUUACUGUUCGAGGAAGACGGGGAAAGAGCCAUUAUGCUAAUAUGAUGAUACAGAAUGUCCGGUAACAGUUGACCUUAGAUUCCAUUAAAGGUCACGCGCAUGCGCACUCCACUGAUAUUUUAGCCACUGAUUCUAAAGGACAAUGUCGACCAUAGCUGCUGCCAGUGUGGAGCCUACAGCUGCUGAGGAGAAGAAGCCACUGAAGCCAUGCUGUGCGUGUCCUGAAACUAAAAAAGCAAGGGAUGCCUGUAUAAUUGAGAAGGGUGAAGAACGCUGCAUAGAUCUUAUCGAGGCUCACAAGGAGUGCAUGAGGGCACUGGGCUUCAAGAUAUAAUUGCAAAGGACUGGAUUAUAAGGAUCACCUGUGGUGGAGUGUGUGGACUACUAUUUAUACUGCUGUGAGAAGAAUGUUUUUUGUUCAGUUGUUCUUUGGAAUGUGAUGUGUUCUUAGUUUUGUGUGAAUGUUGCAAAAUUUAUUUUGAAUAAACAUCCUAUGCAAUCCUAUCGA